AUGAACAUUUGGAUUGCGGCAAGUGAUGGUAAAACUGAUCUAGUGGAGAAAUAUAUCAAAGAGCAAGGAUUUACAGCGAAUUGUAAAGAUCCUAAUGGUUACACUCCAUUGCACGCAGCUGCUUCUUAUGGACAUAGAACUUUACUAGCUAAGUUGAUUAAAGAAUUUGGUGGUGAUAUAAAUAUUAAAGAUGAGGAUGGUGAUACGCCAUUACAUCAUGUAGAAGAUGUUAUAACAGCUAAAUAUAUGGUUGAAGAAUUAGAUGCAAAUUAUAAAUUAAAAAACAAUGAGGGUCAAACACCGCUGGAGACAUUUGAAUCGGAUGUUGAUUCAAGUCCAGAAUUAGUCCAAUAUAUGAAAAGUUUGGGAAAUACGGAAGGUGUUACAGGUUCUGAUAAUGGCAAUUUUCUGGAUGGAAUUGAUGCGGAACAAUAUGAGCAAUAUAAAGAAAAUCUUAAAUAUACUUUAUCGACGGAAAUUCCACAAGAUGAAGAAUCUCUAGCUCGUCAAAGAAGAGUUCAGGAAAUCAUGAAUGGCAAUAAUGCUGAUGAAGAAUUAGAGAAAUAUGUCCGGGACUUAAUACACCAACAAUUAUUUACUGGUGCUGAUAAUGCACAGAGCGAGCCUUCCAUGAAGAGAAGAAAAUAG